CAGUACGUCUGCUGAUUCCGUUCCCGUCACUAGUGUGGUGGUGUCGCUGAGAAAAGAUUUUACAACAAAACAGGCAGCGAAAUAAUGGCGGAGAAUAGAGCGAGUGGGAAAAAAAUCACCAUCAAUGUGAAAACGCCAAAAGAUAGGAAAUCGGUCGAGAUCGAGGAGGAUGCAGAAAUUAAAGAUCUCAAGCUCUUGGUAGCGGAAAAGUUCGACACAAACCCCGAACUGGUGUGUUUGAUUUUUGCUGGAAAAAUCAUGAAGGACACCGAUACGCUCAAGACACACAACAUCAAGGAAGGGCUGACGGUGUAUCUGGUGAUAAAGGCGGCGGCCCGUGCCGAGUCCGAAACGGCACGGCGAGCACCGGCCGAUGUGUCGCAAACCCCGUUCGGGCUAAAUCAGCUCGGCGGCAUUGCCGGUCUCGGUGCGCUCGGUGGUAAUCAAACCAACUUUAUGGAUUUGCAGUCGCGCAUGCAGCACGAGCUGCUGGAAAACCCGGAACUGAUGCGCACCGUGCUGGACAAUCCGCUCGUGCAGCAGAUGAUGAACAGCCCGGACACGAUGCGCCAGAUACUGACCUCGAACCCGCAGAUGCAGGAGCUGAUGCAGCGCAAUCCGGAAAUUUCGCACAUGCUCAACAAUCCGGAACUGUUGCGACAAACGAUGGAGCUUGCGCGCAACCCGUCGAUGUUGCAGGAGCUGAUGCGCUCGCAUGAUCGUGCCAUUUCGAACCUCGAGAGCGUCCCCGGUGGGUACAGUGCGCUGCAACGGAUCUACCGCGACAUCCAGGAACCGAUGAUGAAUGUCGCCUUCCGCAACCCGUACUCCGGUACAUCCGAUUCGGGCAGCGCUAGCGGUGGGGGAGGAGGCGGUGGCAAUCCGCAGCAGGGCACCGAAAACAGAAGCCCACUGCCGAACCCGUGGAGUAGUGCGGGCAGUGGUGGUGGUGGUGGUGGUGGUGGCACCGCCGGUCGUGCUACAGCAGCAGGAGCCGGUAGCGCCGGAACGGAUGCUGCCGGUACGCCGCUCGGUCUGCUCAACACGCCGGCCAUGCAGAGUCUGUUGCAGCAGAUGAGCGAAAACCCAUCCGUUAUGUCGAACAUGCUCAACUCGCCGACCACCCGCUCCAUGAUGGAAGCGCUGAGCGCCGAUCCGGCGAUGGCCGCCCAACUGAUGAGCCAAAAUCCGCUGCUGGCCAACAACCCGGCACAGCAGGAGCAGCUGCGCGCGAUGAUGCCCCAGCUGCUGCGCCAGAUGCAGAAUCCGGAGGUGCAACAGAUGGUCACCAACCCGCAGGCCCUGAACGCCAUCCUGCAGAUUCAGCAAGGCAUGGAGCAGCUGCGUUCGGCCGCACCGGGGCUGAUGAGCUCGAUGGGCAUUCCGCCGAUGCCGGGCGCACCAACAUCGACCGCAGCCGGUGCAACAACCAACACGAGCGGCGGGGCGGCGACAACUGCGGGAGAUGCAUCCACCGGACAGGCACCGCCGAACAAUGAUGGUCUGUUUUCCGAGUUUAUGGCCCGCAUGAUAAACGGGAUGUCGUCCGGAACGGCCGACACGAACAUUCCACCGGAGGAGCGCUACCGGUCCCAGCUCGAUCAGCUGAUGGCGAUGGGCUUCGUCAACCGGGAGGCAAACCUGCAGGCGCUGAUUGCUUCGUUCGGCGACAUUAAUGCGGCCGUCGAACGGUUGCUGGCGCUCGGGCAACUGUCGCUCAGCUAACAAUGUGCGCCAAUCUAGCAAUGUGUGAACUCGGGUGGCUGACUCUUCUCUGCUUCAUUAUUGUUUUGUUCGAAUGUGGUGAAUCGUUUUCCGGCGAUGGAUCGCUUCUCCAGAGCUCGCCGGAAAGGACAGUGUGACGAGGAAGUUAUCUAUAAACACAAACAAACACACACACACACACAUAGAAUACUGCAACUACUACUACCGUAAGCCAUUUGGUGUAUGUAUAUAUCGUGAGCAUUUUUAAUUGCAUCUUUUGCGUUCCUUUUUUUUUGGGUUCUUUUCUAUCGCAAUGGACGCACGCUCAACCUGAAGGAACCGGAUCAGCUGGACAGUGAGCAAACAACGUAAAGACAAGCUGGGAAAACAACUAGACAUUCUUCAUUAUCAAUAGUACACACGCUUCGAUUUUCACAUAGACAGUCCACACACACUUUGAGGAAGGAUCCGGAACGCUUGGCGUUGCGUUCCUUUGAUUGCAUUGAUUAUUCCAUCGCCUGAACAAGGGUGAUGAGGUCUCUUAGGGAACGAAUCAGGAUUACGAGGUCGGCCGGACGGUCACACGGAUGUGCCGAAGUGACAAUGUUUCGUUCUCUUCUCGAGAGCAGCAGCAGGAUGAACGGAGGAUAGGAGUAAAGGAAAGGAAGAUUAGAAAAUUCCCGGUAAUGUCAAAUAAUUCUAGCGAGCAAACAAAAUUCACCCCUUCCUGUCUGUACUCGUCGUUAUUUAAUGUGAAACUUGCAACAAAAAAAAAAAACAAAAUUUCUCUCGCUAAAAGGAACACACACACAACACAGUUAGAGGAACACUGCUUGGCUAAAACGAUACUAACGUUUUAUCUUGCGCUCUCGACCACUGUUGCGAAUACGAAGAGGGAAAAUUUCAAUAACCAACACACACACAUAUACAACACAUCGGCGGCAGAUUAGGUUUUUUGAAGAUAAGGAUGAGGAUAUGGUUUAAAUAAUUGGUGGUAAAUGGCUUGGUUGGUGAUUACAAUGCCUGCGGUGUCUAAUUUUUGGCCCCAUCCUGCUACCAUCCGCACGGGUGGAACGAUGGAUAGAUGAUAUACCUAUGAAUAUAUGAAUAUAUAUACAUACAAUUACUAGUAUAUUCAAUAAAUCCACAGUUAAACCAACUCCGGACCGGUGCAAAAAGCGA